AUGAAAACUGUUUUGAUUGUUUUGCUGAUCGUUGUUGCCUUCGCCACCUGCCAAGGAGGUGUGGGCGGUGAUGGCGGUCCCGGGGGGCCGGGUGGUGCAGGAAGUUCAGGGAAUCCGGGAGGUGAAGGACGUCCUGGGCAGCCAGGAAGUCCAGGAGGGGCGGGAGGGGCGGGUGGUGAAGGAGGUUUUGGGGGAAGGGCA